GGAAGUGCGUCUGGGCCCGGCUGGCCGGGGUGCUCGGCUCGGGACGGCGGGGCAGAGUGCAGCGGGACCGCUAGGCCCCGGGCCGCCGCCACAGAAUGCUCCGCCAUGACUGGGUGUCCACACUUUAAACCACAGGGGAGGUGGAAGUGGUGACAACGGACCUGCCUUUGAGUGCGGCCACCCGGAGGUUGAUGGCUGGCAUGUCUUGGAGACCACCCAGCAUGUACUGGUGUGUAGGACCAGAGGGAUCUGCUGUGUGUCCAGGACGCACCAUGGAGACCCUGAAUGGUGCCAGGGACAUGGGCAGCAAACUGUCUGCACCAGGCGGGGACUCACCAGUGCAGUCCCCCAGAAUAGAAGACAUUCACACUGCAUAUAAGCAGAGAGACCUCAGCAGGGCCCGCCACCUGCUCAGGGAGGCUUGUGAGGAGAGCACGUCCCAGCUGGAGAAGGGUCAACUCUUGAGCAUCGCGGCAGCCCACGGGGAUCUGGAGACUGUCCGGUACCUACUCACAGAGAAACACGUGGAGCUGCCCACAGAGCCCACGGAUGACAACCCAGCCGUGGUGGCAGCUCAGUUUGGGCACACUGACGUUGUACAAGAAUUGCUUGAAUCCUUGGCAGGUGGCUGUAGCCCACAGCGACUACUGAACUGGAUGCUGGCCCUGGCUUGCCAGCGAGGGCACCUGGGGGUCGCGAAGCUGCUGGUGUUGACACACGGGGCUGAUCCAGAGUGCUGUGCUGUCAGGAAGAACGAGUUCCCCGUCAUUGUGCGCUUGCCCCUCUAUGCGGCUAUCAAGUCAGGGAAUGAAGACAUCGCCAUAUUCCUGCUUCGUCAUGGGGCCUUCUUCUGCUCCUACAUCCUGCUGGACAGUCCUGACCCCAGCAAACAUCUCCUCAGGAAGUACUUCAUCGAGGCCAGCCCCCUGCCCAGCAGCUGUCCUGGGAAAACAGCACUUCGUGUAAAGUGGUCCCACCUCAGAUUGCCCUGGGUGGAUCUUGACUGGCUCCUAGACAUCUCCUGCCAGAUCACCGAGCUGGAUCUCUCUGCCAACUGUCUGCCCUCGCUCCCUUCUGUUAUCCCCUGGGGGCUCAUCAACCUGAGGAAGCUGAAUCUCUCAGACAACCACCUGGGGGAGCUGCCCUGUGUGCAGUCGUCUGAUGAAAUCAUCUGCACGAGGUUACUUGAAAUUGACAUUUCCAGCAACAAGCUUUCCCAUCUUCCACCUGGAUUCUUGCAUCUCUCAAAACUUCAAAAACUGAUGGCUUCAAAAAAUUAUUUGGAAAAGAUAUUUGAAGAAGAAGGUGCCACUAACUGGAUUGGCCUACGGAAGCUGCAGGAGCUUGAUCUAUCUGAUAAUAAGUUGUCAGAACUUCCUGCCCUUUUCCUGCACUCGUUCAAGUCACUCAGCCAUCUGAAUGUUUCUAGAAACAACCUGAAGGCCUUUCCAGAUCCCUGGGCCUGCCCUUUGAAAUGCUGUAAAGCCUCCAAAAACGCCCUGGAAUCCCUGCCAGACAACAUGGCUAUCUUCUGGAAAAAUCACCUUAAGGAUGUGGAUUUUUCAGAAAACGCACUAAAAGAAGUUCCCCUGGGACUUUUUCAGCUUGAUGCCCUCAUGUUCUUGAAGUUACAAGGAAACCAGCUAGUGACCUUGCCACCUCAAGAGAAGUGGACCUGCAGACAACUCAAGACCCUAGAUCUCUCCAGAAACCAACUCGGCAAAAAUGAAGAUGGACUUAAAACAAAGCGUAUCUCCUUUUUUACCACCAGAGGGCGCCAACGUUCAGGGACUGAGGCAGCAUGUACACUACAGUUCCCAGUUUUCCUAAGUGAGUCUUUGGAAGUCCUUUGUCUGAAUGACAACCACCUCGAUGCAGUCCCUCCAUCCGUUUGCCUGCUGAAGAGCUUAUCGGAGCUUUACCUAGGAAACAACCCUGGCCUCCGGGAGCUGCCUCCUGAGCUGGGCCAGCUGGGCAACCUCUGGCAGCUGGACAUUGAAGAGCUAAACAUCAGCAACGUGCCUGCAGAGAUACAAAAAGAAGGCCCCAAAGCAACGCUGUCCUUCCUGCGUGCGCAGCUGCGCAAAGCGGAGAGGUGCAAGCUGAUGAAGAUGAUCUUCGUGGGCCCCCCACGCCAGGGCAAGUCCUCCCUCCUGGAGAUCUUGCAGACGGGAAGGGCCCCCCAGGGAACACACAGCGAGGCCACCAUCAGGACCACCAAGUGGGAGCUUCAGAGGCCAUCAGGCUCCAAAGCCAAGGUUGAGUCUGUGGAGUUCAACGUCUGGGACAUCGGGGGCCCCGCCAGCAUGGCCACCGUCAAUCAGUGCUUCUUCACAGACAAGGCCCUCUACGUGGUGGUCUGGAACCUGGCACUGGGGGAGGAAGCCGUCGCCAACCUCCAGUUCUGGCUGCUCAACAUCGAGGCCAAGGCCCCAAACGCCGUUGUGCUGGUGGUCGGGACUCACCUGGACUUAAUCGAAGCCAAAUUCCGAGUGGAGAGGAUUGCCACACUGCGUGCCUAUGUUUUGGCUCUCUGCCGCUCGCCCUCAGGGUCCAGAGCCAUGGGCUUCCCCGACAUCACGUUCAAGCACUUACACGAGAUCUCCUGCAAGAGCCUGGAAGGGCAAGAGGGGCUGCGGCAGCUGAUUUUCCACGUCACAUGCAAUAUGAAGGACGUGGGCAGCACCAUCGGCUGCCAGAGGCUUGCUGGAAGGCUAAUCCCCAGGAGCUACCUGAGCCUGCAGGAGGCCGUGCUGGCCGAGCAGCAGCGCCGCAGCCUGGCUGACGAAGUGCAGUAUCUGACCGACCGGCAGCUGGAACAGCUGGUGGAGCAGACGCCUGGCAAUGACAUCAAAGAUUACGAGGACCUGCAGUCCGCCAUCAGCUUCCUCAUAGAAACGGGAGCCCUGCUGCACUUCCCGGACACCAGCCAUGGUCUUAGGAACCUCUACUUCCUUGACCCCAUUUGGCUGUCGGAGUGCUUGCAGAGGAUCUUUAAUAUCAAGGGCUCCCGGGCAGUUGCGAAGAAUGGGGUGAUCCGAGCAGAGGACCUCAGGAUGCUGCUGGUGGGGACGGGAUUCACACAGCAGACAGAGGAGCAGUACUUCCAGUUCCUCGCCAAGUUCGAGAUCGCCCUGCCCGUUGCCAACGACAGCUACCUCCUGCCACACCUCCUUCCAUCCAAACCUGGGCUGGACACGCACAGCAUGCGGCACCCGAUGGCUGACACCAUCCAGCGGGUGUUUAAGAUGAGCUUCGUGCCUGUUGGCUUCUGGCAAAGGUUCAUCGCGCGGAUGCUGAUCAGCUUGGCCGAGAUGGACCUGCAGCUUUUUGAAAACAAGAAGAAUACUAAAAGCAGAAACAGGAAAGUCACCAUUUACAGUUUUACAGGAAACCAGAGAAAUCGCUGUAGCACGUUCAGAGUGAAAAGAAAUCAGACCAUCUAUUGGCAAGAAGGGCUACUGGUCACUUUUGAUGGGGGCUACCUCAGUGUGGAAUCCUCGGAUGUGAAUUGGAAAAAGAAAAAAAGCGGAGGGAUUAAAAUCAUCUGCCAAUCUGAAGUCAGGGACUUCUCAGCAAUGGCGUUUAUCACAGACCAUGUCAACUCCCUGAUUGACCAGUGGUUUCCUGCCCUGACAGCCACAGAAAGCGAUGGGACCCCACUUAUGGAGCAGUACGUGCCCUGUCCAGUGUGUGAGACAUCCUGGGCCCAGGACACAGAUCCAAGUGAGAAGUCAGAGGGUGUACAGUACUUUGACAUGGAAGACUGUGUGCUGACAGCCAUUGAGCGGGACUUCAUCUCCUGUCCCAGACACCCAGACCUUCUGGUACCACUGCAGGAACUGGUCCCAGAGCUGUUCAUGACAGAUUUCCCAGCCAGGCUCUUCCUGGACAACAGCAGGCUGGAGCAUAGCGAAGACGAGAGCAGCAUCCUGGGCCAAGGCGGCAGUGGCACCGUCAUCUAUCGGGCCAGGUACCAGGGCCAGCCCGUGGCUGUGAAGAGAUUCCAGAUCAAAAAAUUCAAGAAUUUUGCUAAUGCCCCAGCAGACACGAUGCUGAGGCAUCUGCGGGCCAUGGACGCCAUGAAGAACUUCUCAGAGUUCCGGCAGGAAGCCAGCAUGCUCCAUGCCCUGCAGCACCCUUGCAUUGUGUCACUUAUUGGCAUCAGCAUCCACCCACUGUGCUUCGCCCUGGAACUCGCCCCACUGAGCAGCCUCAACACUGUGCUGUCUGAGAAUGCCAAAGAUUCUUCCUUUAUGCCCCUGGGACACAUGCUUACCCAGAAGGUAGCCUACCAGAUUGCCUCGGGCCUGGCCUACCUGCACAAGAAGAGCAUCAUCUUCUGUGACCUGAAGUCAGACAACAUCCUGGUGUGGUCCCUGGACGUGAAGGAGCACAUCAACAUCAAGCUCUCGGACUACGGCAUCUCACGGCAGUCAUUUCAUGAGGGUGCCCUGGGCGUGGAGGGCACCCCCGGCUACCAGGCUCCGGAGAUCAGGCCUCGCAUUGUGUAUGAUGAGAAGGUAGAUAUGUUCUCAUAUGGGAUGGUGCUAUAUGAGUUGCUGUCAGGACAGCGUCCUGCACUGGGCCACCACCAGCUUCAGAUUGCCAAGAAGCUGUCCAAGGGCAUCCGCCCAGUCCUGGGGCAGCCAGAGGAAGUACAGUUCCAUCGGCUUCAGGCGCUCAUGAUGGAGUGCUGGGACACAAAGCCUGAGAAGCGCCCACUGGCCCUGUCUGUGGUGAGCCAGAUGAAGGACCCCACCUUCGCCACCUUCAUGUACAUGCUGCCCUGUGGGAAGCAGUCCACCUUCUUCUCAUCCCAGGGCCAGGAGUACACCGUGGUAUUCUGGGACGGGAAAGAGGAGUCCAGGAAUUACACAGUGGUGAACACGGAGAAGGGCCUUCUGGAAGUGCAGAGGAUGACCUGUGCCGGGAUGAAGCUGAGCUGCCAGCUCAAAGUCCAGAGCUCACUGUGGACGGCCACCGAGGACCAGAAAAUCUACAUCUAUAGCCUCAAAGGCAUGUGCCCAUUAAGCAUGCCCCAGCAGGCUUUGGACACUCCAGCCAUUGUCACCUGCUUCUUGGCAGUACCUGUGAUUAAAAAGAACUCCUUUCUGGUGCUGGCAGGCUUGGCUGAUGGGCUUGUAGCUGUGUUUCCUGUGGUGCGGGGUGCCCCAAGAGAAAGCUGUUCCUACCUGUGCUCACACACGGCCAACAGGUCCAAGUUCAGCAUUCCAGAUGAAGACGCAAGGCAGAACCCCUACCCGGUGAAGGCCAUGGAGGUGGUCAACAGUGGGUCCGAGGUCUGGUACAGCAACGGGCCUGGCCUCCUCGUCAUUGACUGCAUAGCCCUGGACAUCAGCCGGCGACUGGAACCCUUUGCAGUGCCCUCGGUGGUCACCUCAGUCGUGUGCAGUUCAGACUGCAGGGGGGAAGAGGUUGUCUGGUGCCUGGAUGACAAAGCCAAUUCCUUGGUGAUGUACCAUUCAGCCACCUACCAGUUGUGUGCCCGGUACUUCUGUGGGGACCCCAGCCCCCUCAGGGAUAUGUUUCCGGUACAGCCCUCUGCCCUGGAAGCUCCAUGCAGACACACAACAACCUCAAAGGACCCUGAGGGGGAUUGCAUCGCAGAUGUUAGCAUCAUGUACAGUGAGGAGCUGGGCACACAGAUCCUGACCCACCAGGACUCACUGACUGACUACUGCUCCAUGUCCUCCUAUUCCUCAGCCUCACCCCACCGGGUCCCCAGCUCCCACUCCAGCCUGCCCAGCUCCCCAACCAGCUAUUCCAGUGUGCCCUUCUGCACCGACCGUGAGGACGCAGACAGGCUACAGGAGCCCGGUGUUGCCUCAGACAGGUCUGAGCAUGACCUGACCCCCAUGGAUGGGGAGGCAUUUAGCCGGCACCUGCAAGCUGUGAAGGUUCUUGCUGUCAGGGACCUCAUUUGGGUCCCCAGGCGUGGUGGAGAUGUCAUUGUUAUUGGGCUGGAAAAGUAUUCGGGCGCCCAGCGGGGCCGAGUCAUCGCUGUCUUAAAAGCCCGAGAGCUGACUCCACACGGGGUGCUGGUGGACGCAGCAGUGGUGGCAAAGGACACAGUGGUGUGUGGCUUUGCAAAUGAAAACAUGGAGUGGUGCCUGGCUGUCUGGAGGGGCUGGGGCGCCAGAGAAUUUGACAUCUUCUACCAGUCCUAUGAGGAGCUGGGCCGCCUGGAGGCUUGCACACGCAAGAGGAGGUAAUGCCCAUGGAAAGACGUCCUUAUGGAGCUGACAGACCUGGGCCUGAGGCCUAGCCACGACAGUCCUCUCAGGACCCAGAAGAAUGGAUGGAGUUCUUUCCUGAACCCAUGCUGCUAAGAAGGGCUGAGAAGCUACCUGCCUGGCAGUGGUUUGGGAGUUCUCAGGUUCUGCAGGGCAGAGUAACUCAACUACACCACCCUCCCAUUGCUGGUUUUACAGCUCAAGGAAAACCAUGGGGUCUGGUUGAGAGGGGCCUCCUUUUGCCUCCUCCAUGGGCUUCUAGGAGCAGGGGAGGGUGACCCCAAUUCCAGACCUUCCUGGCAUAAUGAGUGGGCCGGUCCAUUCUCAUCCCCAGGCCUCAGAUGGAAUUACACUAGCGAGUCUCGGUUGAGGAGGAGUUCAGGGCAGGGUGGGAGGUGGGCUGUGACCCAUGACCCACCCCACUGAAGACCCUGGGCUCUGAGCACAUUUCACAAGCCCCUGAGUCCCUGGAGCAUGGGGCCCAGCUUGGGCAAGCAGAGAUCAAAUGUCUCCUGUUUGGCAGAGGCUCUGCGUGGGAAACCCCCAGCAGGACCCUGGGCAAGGAACAUUGCCCAGUCCCAGGGAUGAAUGGGUUCCUUGAAGAGCGACAGCCGGAAAGGCCAGUGCUAGGCCUGCUCCCUUUACAUUCUUCUUCCCCGACAAAAGGAAGGAGAAACCCAACCAGCGGGCCUGGAGAAAGGGCCUGUGUUUAUAGCUUGGUAAAAUAAACUGGGACGCAGCUGGAGCACAAGCCCUGUUUGUUUGCACAUCAUAAUCUUGUUUAUCACUUUAACAAAUUAAGUAAUAUCUCAGCAGUUAGGCCUGGUUGUGAAAUCCCAUCAUAUGGGACUUAUAUUGUAUUAUGUAUUUGCUAAGCAUUUACUGCCCAUGUGGAUGGCAGAAGAUGAAGAGUGAAAUUGUUACGGGAUGUAUGGAUAGAGCAGGGAACGACUUUAUAAGUUUCGGGCACACAUGUGCACAUACAUCCACAUCUGUGCCAAGAGUUUCCCUUGGAGGCUGCUUAACCUAGAAUAUAAAUUUGAAUGCGAGAUUGUACUUGACUCAUGUUGUGAACCUUUUCUGGAAUUAAGUUAUAAAAACCAAGCCUAAUAUUUGCUGGAGUGUGCAGGCAGAUGUGACUCCUUUCAUCUGAAAAUAAACAGACCCUUGAGAAUGAAA